AUGAGCACGUUUCCCUACGAAAGAAUGGCCGAAAAUGAGCGAUCGAUGUGGGACCGUCUGCGCCUGCUCGACUGCCGCGUCUGGUUUUUUUUGCUGGCGCUCGAGGCGAUCUUCUGGGACAUUUGCCACGUGGAAUACUUUCUCCAGUACGGAAUCACCCUCGACACCUCGAUCAUUUUCGUUUACUUUGCAAUUGAUGGACUGUAUCUGGCGGCCGCCUACUGGAAUCAUCCUGUACUGCUCAAAUGUGUCAAGGUUAUUACGGUGAGGCUUUUUUUUUUGGAAUCUUUUGAGUGUUUUUAUGCCAGUAAGGCGAUUCUUUGAUUUUUUUCAGGGCCGGCUCUUGGCUUGGACUUUUUGGACCACUUGCAAUGAUCCGAUCGGGACCAAACUUUGCAGGAUUGUUGGAGUUGGAUGGAAGUAUGUCGGGUCCAAGUUUCAGACCGAUCGGAUCAUCUGGUCCCGAGAUAUGGCGGUCUUCUCAGCCUCUGAUCCACAUAUCUCGGGACCAGAUGAUCGGAUCGGUCUGAAACUUGGACCCAAUAAACUUCAAUUCAAGUCCAACAAUCCUGCAAAGUUUGGUCCCGAUCGGAUCAUUGCAAGUGGUCCAAAAGUCCAGGACCAAGUAUCCGAACAAAACCCAAUUAUUUUUCUUCAGAUCUUCUUCCUGCUGAGCCUUUCCGUCAUCGCCACAAUCGGUCCCGUCUGGAUGGUGUUCGAUUUCAAUCAGGGAGCCCCAGAGAUGCUCAGCGCCCUGCUGGACCACAAUCAAGAGACGACGCACAUGAAAUUUGGAAGAAAGUUGGCGUACUGUGUCUACUGGCAGAUUUACGUUCUCUACUUUGUCGCACGUAAGUUUUUCUCCGACAAAAUGGACGUGUCGAAGUAGGCACGAGAAGUAGAGCGGAGUUUUUCAGUCGUUUUUUGCAGUGAACGCUCUCCAGCUGUACCUCGUUCAACGAAUUCUCAAAGAGACGCAGAAGAAGCAAGUGGCCUUGGAAAUGGAUAAUUUUGUCUGA